AUGAGGGAGUACAACAGAGCCAAGCGGCGAGGGGAGAACGUGGUGCGGCUUAACCACCCUCGGCCGGAGGCGUCGCCGUCGUCGACGCCCGCCGCCGCCGCCGCCGCCGCCACCGGCGCGCCGGCAAGCUCCGCGAAAGAGGGCGGCAGCGGCGGCGGCGGCGGGUCCUCCUCGUCUUCCUCUUGGCCGUAUUCCAAGACGGGGGGGAAGCUAGCGCUAGCGCCGACCCCACCCUCGGUUACGGCGGCGGUUUCGGCGGCGGCGGCGUCGGCUGCGAUGCGGGCCUCUAGCUUCGUGCCCAAGACGACGGCGCUCCCUCCCCCGAUUUGCGGGCGCUGCAAGCAGACGGAACGGUCGUGGCCGUCCGUGCUCGUCUGCGACGGCUGCGAGGCCACGUUCCACCUUGGCUGCGCGCGUAUGUCCAGCCAGCCUUUCGGGGAGUGGUACUGCCCCCGGUGCACCUCCUUCCUGUUGGACAGCGACAGCGAGGCCGACGACGCCCCGCCGCCGCCGCCGCCGAAAGAACAGGCGGCAGCCGCAAGGGUUUCCUCUACCGACCAGCGGCCGGCGGAGGCGUCGUCGGAGGCGACGGCGACGGUGGCGGCGGCGCUGGUGGCCCUAGCGGCGGAGGCUACGACGGCGUCGGAGCGGGCACGAACGAGGAAGGCUGCGGCAGCCACAAGCUCAACGGCGGUGUCCGAACCUGCCCCGGAGAAACCAGAAGGGGUUGAAGCUCCGCCCGCUCCUGGCCCGUCCUCUGACCCUGCUGUCGAAGGCAGCGGCGGUGCGGGAGGCGGAGGUUCUUCUUCUUCAUCAUCGUCGCUGGGGAUGGCCACAACGGACGGGGACAGCAGCGGUCCUGCUGCUGGUGCUGCCACUGCCGCCGCCGCCCCUACCCCGGGCGGAGGGGAAGCGGGGUCGGUGGCGGACGCUCCCGCUGCCGGUGGCGACGCGAGUGGCGGUGGCGCCGCCUCGAGACGGCCAGAGCGUCGAUCGGCUGCCCUGAGGACCCCCGCGGAUGGAGCGGAGGCUGCUGCUGCUGCCGCUGCUACCCCGAAGUCAGUCGGAGGAGGAAGCUCCACCCACCACGGCAAGGCCGAUGCCGGCGGCGGCAGGAGGCAGAAGCGGUGGUCGCUUCGAGGAGAUGUGCGUGGGUGUCGGUGCCCGGACUGCGUGUCGAUCCUCCUCCAGGCCGGCGGGUCGCGGCCGCCGGAGGCCUCGAGCCUGCUCGUGUCGGAGGAGGCCCGCUCCCUGCCGGCCCCCAAGAUCCCCGAGGGCACGGAGCACGGGGUAGUUAUCCCCCGCCGGGGGGGCCUGGGCAUUAAGCGGCGGCGCCAGCGCCGCUCCCCGCGGGACCCGUACGCCCUGAAGGAGGACCGGCUUAGGGAGAGGGAGACGGUCCCGGCACCAAAACGUCCGGGGCGGCCGCCGGGGUCCAACAAGCCCAAGCCGGCGACGGGGAGGACCGGCACGGGGCGGCCGGUGGGCAGGCCGAAGGGGAGCAAGAACCGUGUUGUCGCCUCCAGCCCCGCCGCGAUCAGGUACGGCUUUGGCAGCAGCGGCCGGGAAGGCAGCGACUCCUUGCAGCGCGUCGCGCUUCCCUCCCGACGUGAGCUCGAGGUGGACACAAACAACGGUGGCGGCUUGGGUUCGGCAUCGGCCUCUUCGGGGGAAGGGGGAGGGGGCCGGGCGGGGCUCCGGUCGACCCGGGGCCACAACAGGCGGAGGUUCCGCGGCGGCAGCGACGAAGAGUGGAGUUUCGGCGGCGGGUGGGCUAGCGACAGCGACGGCGGCGGCGGCGGCGGUGUCAACUACCGCUUCGGGGGUGACAAGGUCCGCCGGCGGAGGCGAGCCGCGGGCGACGUUAGCGACGAGAGCUACUCGAUGAGCGACAGCGGGAACAGCAGCAGCGGUGGCGACGGCCGGCGACGGGGACGCAAGCGGGGUCGAGGUAGCGCGGGCGCCAGCGCCAGCGCUGGCACCAGCGCUGGCCCGGGCGGUGCCGGCGGCGGCGGCGGAGUCGUCGUCAAGCGUGGUCCCGGCAGACCGCGGAAGACGGACUGCCCAGCGGGCGGGGGCGGCAGCGGCAGCGGCGGCGGGCGUGCCCGUGGGGCGGGGCCCACCUCGAAGCGCCAGCCGAAGGCCGCGGCGGCAGCGGCGGCGGGGGAAGGUGGCGAGACCGUUAGAAAGCGAGCCUCGCCGAGGACGUCGCGCAAGGGGGUGGUUACGGCGUGCGAACACACGGACCGGCCGCUGUACUCCAGGGGGCAGUGCAAGCCGUGCUACAUGGUGGCCUACUGGAACCGCAAGCACGCGGAGCUGGGAAUAAAGCCUCGGAAGCACCGCUCAUCGGAGUGGGUAGAGAAGAAGCGAGAGCUUAAAGAAGCGGCGAGUAGAUCGGAGGGCGGCAGUGUGGGGUCAUCCGAAGGGCUGCCCAGCUCAGUGGGUGUCAACAACGCGAGCGCUUUCCCUGUCGGUACCCCGGCGGAUAGCGCAGCGCGGCCGAGCGGUGUAGCGGCAGCAGCCACCGGCAGCAUCAGCAGCGGCGGGGGGCGCGAAGCGACCAACCGGAAGGCCACCGGGGAUUCUGAGAACCGGCCACAGCAGGGAAUCAUUUCGGCGCCGGUCCCUCACGCCGCUGGCCCGGGCUUGCCGGCCGGGGGCGGCGGCAGCGGCGCCGGCGGCAGUGAGGCCUCCAACGGAGGAGGAAGCGCUGCCGCGGAAGACAAGACACGGCAGCUGGUCGCGGCAGUGGCGGCGGUGGUAUCUGCAGCGGUGGCACCGGCACCGGCACCGGCACCGGUGGCGGUGGCAGCUACGCCAGGCGACUCGAGCAAGGCUGUCGACCCUGUGGUGAAGGCUUCGACUCAGGACCAACGGCAGCCGCCGGCGGCAGCGGCGGGGGUGGUGGCGCCGACGACGGCGGUUAAGGAGAAGAAAACUGUCUACCCGGCGAGGGCGUCGACUGCGGAGGCGUUGACCGCGGUUGAGGCCAAGAACGGGGUCGAUCUGGCGAGGGUAUCGACUCAACAUCGCGAACAGCCCGCGGGUCGGCCGGCAGCCGAGGCUAAGAAAGCUGGCGACGACUCGAUGAGCGCGUCCAAGCCAGAUCAAAGACAGCUACCGGUGCUGUCGCCGGGCGAGCCAAAGGCAAAUGCUGUCGCACCCUCCAAGGCUUCGCCUCAGACCCGACAACAGCCAGCCGUGCCGGCCGUGCCGGCCGCAGCUGAAGCGAGCGCUUCGAAGUCAGGCCAAAGACAGCUACCGGUGCUGUCGCCGGGCGAGCCAAGGGCAACUGCUGUCGCACCCUCCAAGGCUUCGCCUCAGGCCCAACAACAGCCAGCGGUUCCGGCGGCAACGGAGCCGAAGAAGCCUGUCGACGGCUCGCCGAGGUCUUCCACGUCGGUCCAACGACAACCACCCGCGGGGUUGUCAGGCGAGCCGAAGGCAACUGUCGCGCCCUCGACUCAGACCCAGCCCGCAUUGCCGGCGGCAGCUGACGCGAAGACAACCGCCGACGCGCCGGCUCCAGAGCAACGGCAACCGGCGGCGCCGGCGGCGCUUCGGAAGCGCCGCCGUCGCGAGAUAUCACGACGUUUGAUGAGGAGGGGAGAUACCACAAUCCGCGCCUUGGGUGAUUUUUCGUCACGUUACUCGUAAGGUUUCCGGGCUCUUGUAUGAAACAAGAGACACCUCUAAACGACACACGCCUUCUCCGUAUUGCACACCGUGGUAUUUACAAUUCCGUGUCAAGAGAGUUGAUAUACUUUUGACAAGAUGAGCUAACCUCAAAGGUGUAGGAAUUUAGCAGCACUUCCAAGUAUAUACUGUACUCUAGUUUGACUGAAUGCACCUUUUUUUUUUCUUUCGUUUUUGGCGUUCAUUGUUUGUGACGUACGGGAAUAUAUGCUGCGGUUGUGCACCUCACCCAUAUGCUUGUCGUCGAUGAGCGUCAAUUAGUCGAGCCGCGGAGCUUCGGUGACCGCUGUGUAUACUUUUUAGCGAGACUAACUGCUGUGAUGGGCACCUUCGUAGUGAUAACUGCUGUAACUGUUCGAUAGGGCAAGGCUUGUUACAUGGUGCUUGCGUCGUUUUUGCUGAAACAGUCAUGACCAAUUUUGGCGACCAAACGUUCGUAUCUGUCUUGUGUACCCCCACCACAGCAGUCUGUUGUUUCCUUGCCGUGCUUCCCUUGGUCGGCGGUUUGAACGCUUCCUGGUGGCCUUUUGGGCGAACCGUGUGCAUAGAUGUUGUGUUGUUCUGGGGGUCGGAAGUCUUUUUAUCGUCGUAUCAUCUACAGCAGCAGUAGCUCGUGCGCAUAGAUGUUGUGAUGUUCUCGGGGUCGGGGUGUCUUUUUUGUCAUCGUGUUGCCUACCAACUACAGCAGGAGUUGUAGCUCGUGCGUUUCACACAGACGGGCAGUUUUGCGUGCGAUGACGAACUGCAACCCACACGUGAUGGCAGAGGUCUAGACUUCGAUGCGUUUGAGGAACUGGCGUGCAAUUCGCGAAAGAGUAGAAGAGCGAGAUGGGACGCCGAGAUGUGUGCAUGUGGCGAGAAAGAGUCGUCUUGUGUUGAACCGUUUCUGAUAUUUUUCGUUGCGCUUUGUCUAGGUAGUUUUACUUGUAGUGUUUUACGAGAGGGUGGUGUCAACGACAUGUUAUGAUGGUCCAGGCGUGAAAUUGUUGUUGUUGUUGUCUUCGCAUUAAAAUUGUACACUCUUUUUUCCAAAGCACGUUGAGACAUGAAAUGGUGCGCGCCCUCAGGCGAC